UCCCGUUAAUCUGACAACGAAGCAGCGUCGAAAUCCUCACGGACCUUGGAGGGUUACAUUUACCCAAAACUUAUUUUCAAAUGGGCCCCGUCGCCUAGCGUUUACUCCCCCAGCCUCGCCGACUGAGUUGAAUUGGGUGCUACAGAACAUCAAGCAGGUCAGGAAAAGGCUUCCAUCAAGCACAAGGAACAGAGACCAACAACAGAAGAAUGGCAGCUAUUCCAGCAGGCGGUUCUCUUGUGGCGACCACUGACUACUACCGAAGGCGCAUUGGCUCUACGUCCAGCAGUAGCUCUUGUGGCAGUUCGGAGUACAGCGGGGAGGUCAUCCCUCACCAUCCAGGACUCCCCAAGCAGGACUCUGGCCAUUGGUGGUCCAGUUUCUUCUUUGGGAAGCAGCCGGGGAUGACCCCAUUGACUGAGGAGGCACAGCAGAAGGCGGGGGUCACAGGUGCGGUGACGAACGGUCAGAUCACCUGCGUUGCCAGGGAGAUGGUGAUGCAGCGGCAGGUCAGUGAGAGCAGCGACGCAGGAACCCCCACCUCCUCCUGAUCCUGCAGUCUCACUCCAAUCCACACCGCACCUCGGGGGAGGGGGAUCAAACCAACGACCAACGCUAGGGGACGGGAGGAUGUCCCGUUUACAACCAUUUUCUUUUUUUUUUUGUUUUUUUUUAUAUUAUUAUUCAUUACAGUGUAGGCUGCCAUCCUUGUUUUUGUUUCUGUAACCUUGUCUUUUUUAUUGACAGCCAAAAAAAAACAACAUUGAAAUAAUCCAAAAAAAAAACAAUGAUGAAACUGAUGAGUUCCUUUCUUUUGUUAACAUUUGUAAUGUUCUGUGUUUGUAAUACUGUAUUGCAUUGACACACUGUGGUUUUUACACAUCCACUUGCCUUUUGUUAAACCUUUUUUCACUUUGUCACCCUGUGAAAAUUGCAAUAAACGCAAUAAAUUAGACUCUUGCAGCCUAAA